CGCCUACCUCCUCCGUUCUUGGGCGGGAAUCGCUCUUUUCCUGGAGAGAGGAAAUCCGACGCGUUUGAUGCAGAUGAUCGGCUUCGAUUCGAUCUGCCUCUUCUCUUCAACCGUCUUCUCGUCGAUCGAUCAGGGGCGGCUAACCACUUGGGAGCUUGGUGGCGGUGAUCAGCGAAGCAAAUUGGAAGGUUGAGGUUGCGAGAUGGACCGCCGCAGUUGGAUCUGGAGACGGAAGUCAUCGGAAAAGGAGGGCGGCUGUGAGACCGAGAGCUCGGGUUCUGUAUCUUCAGAGAGGUACUCCGGUGAACAGGAGGCGACAAGGACUUCCUCGAUUGGCUCCCCGAAACAUGCUCAAUUGCCAGAGGUUUCUUCGAAGGAUGUUGAUCACGAAGUUGAUGAGACUACAAAAAUUUUGAAUGACAAGCUAUCUGCUGCCCUUUUGAACAUUAGUGCCAAAGAAGAAUUGGUCAAGCAGCAUGCUGAAGUUGCAGAAGAAGCUGUUUUAGGUUGGGAAAAUGCUGAAAAGGAAGUUUCAAUUUUGAGGCAGCAGCAUGAAGAUGCAUUAAAGAAGAGUUCAUCCCUUGAAGAUAAAGCUACUCAUCUCAAUGCUGCCCUGAAGGAAUGUGUCAGGCAGCUUCGGUUAACAAGGGAAGAGCAAGAGCAGAAAGUCCAAGAUGCCAUCCUCAGGAAAACUCAUGAAUGGAAAUCUGAAAAAUCAGAACUUGAGCUUCAGCUUAUCGAGUUGCAAGCUCAGAUGGAAGCUAAAAUUGAAACUUCAACCUCCUUUGAAUAUGAUCUUUGCUCAGAAAUCGAAGACCUCAAGAAGGAAAAUUCUGUCCUCAAGGCUGAUCUUGCUACCCUUACUGAGAAUCUUCACAUGAGAACACUAGAAUUGGAAUUAAUCACCAGAACAGCAGAAACAAGUAGUAAACAGCAUUUGGAUAGCAUAAAGAAACUGGCAAGACUUGAAGCUGAGUGUCAUAAGUUACGAGCUGCAGCACAUAAAUUGUCAUCAGCUAACAAGCACAAAUUCAUUUCUACCUCGCAGUAUGUUGAGUCUGUCACUGAUAGCCAAUCAGAUGCAGGAGAGAGGCAGUUAAGUUUAGAUCAUGAGCAGAGUGGUUCAGAUUCAUGUGCAUCAGCUCUAAUAUCAGAGCUUGAUCAGUUCAACAAGGAAAAGGAUAGUCCAAGAAGUCUUAACACAGCUGUAGAAAUUGGCCUAAUGGAUGACUUCCUUGAGAUGGAACGACUUGUUGCGUUGCCAGAGGUUGACCAUGGAAGUUACAGCCCCGAUAAUGAUGCUGAUUCAGAUCGUACCGUUACUAGACAGCACUCUUCACGAAACGAACUUGAAGCUGUUCAUUUACAUAUAACUGAGUUGGAGGAGACGAUUGAGAAGAUGAAAUCUGAGAAAGUUGAAAUGGAAAGGUCUUUAGCUGUAACAAACAAUCAGCUGAAGGAUACAUGUAUGCAACUGACGGCAGCUGAAGGUAAGAUAGUUGUGUUGCAAAGGCAGCUCAAUUUGACUAAUGGGGAGAAACAUGUGCUUGAAUUAGAAUUAGAGGCGGCCGAAGGUAAGAAAAAUGAACUGGAACUUCAGCUUGAAUUGGCACAUACAGAAAACCACAACUUAUGUGAAAGAAUAACCUCAUUAGAUAAAAACUUUGAUGAAGAGAAGAAAUUAUCUUCCAAAUUGAGAGUGCGGUGCCAAAAUAUGGAAGCAACAGAAGCAAAGAGGAACGAAAUGCAACUUCAACUUGAGUCAGCAUUUGCUGAAAUUAUAGAACUGAGGGGAAAGGUUAGAUUGUUGGAAGAAGUUGUCGAAGAAGAGAAAAAAUUGUCUACAGAACUAGCAUCUAGGUGUUCGAAAAUAGAUGUAUUGAAACAAAAGAAAGAGGAAUUGGAAUGGGAGCUUGAAUCAACAAAUUUGGAGCUUUGUAAGCUACAUGAGAAGGUUGGUCUAAUUGAAAGGAAACUCAAGGAGGAGAAGGCAUUUUCGGCCGGACUUUUGAUCAAGUAUGAAACUACAGAAUUGACAAAUGUAAGGGACAAAGAACUGGAGCAUCAACUUUCUUCCAAAGAUCUAGAACUAGUCAUGUUACAGGAGAAGGUGAAUAUUCUGGAAGAUAAUGUUGAGAAGGAAAGGGCAAAGAGAAGCGAGUUGGUUUUGCAACUUGAGUUAGCCCAUAAAGAAGUCGGGAACCUCCAUGAGAAGCUGGGCACCUUAGAAAAGCAAAUGGAAGAUGAGAAUGCGGCAGAAUCCAGAGAUCAUGCAUCAAAAUACCACAUAUUGGAGAACCAACUCCAGAUCAAGCAGCAAGCCACUAAAUUCUAUUCAUCUGCAACCUGUAAUGAGAAGCCAAUAGUUAGACAGGAUAAAGUGAUUGUGCCGGACGUCGAAAAGCUCGCUGAGUGCCAAAAAACAAUAGCGUCCCUCAACCAUCAGUUAAAAUUGCUGUCAAAUUUUGAUGAGUUCAUGCUUGAAACAGACAAGCCAGAGUCACCCAAUGGAGAAUUUAGUGCAUCUCUACCCAAUACCGAACAGACCGGCAACCUAAAGAUGUCAACAUCCUUAGCUGGGCAACCAGAAUUUUCAUGUCCGUCUAGAAAAGAUUGUGUCACAGAAAUUCUAUAAAGCCUCCCUAUCUUCAUGGACGAAUUGAGUAACAGCCACCGCCGCCACCUGCAAUCGGAAUUAGGGGAAGAAGACGACUACCUGAGUAAUCUCCCGGACGAGCUUCUCCGCCACAUCCUCUCCUUCCUCCCCACCCUCG